AUUUCAUUUUUUUUUUCUGUUUCCUUUGUGCUUCUUUUUUCAAGGCACCAAGUUUUUUGCUUCAUUUUUUUUUGUUCUUUGUCUUUUCAAUUCCUUCCCUUGUCCACUCUUUGCAUGUCCAUGUUGCAAAAAAUUCAUAAUUAUUAUAGCCAAAAAAUUUCUGGUUUGCAAAGUUUGGAUUAGUAUUUAUAAAUCAUAGCUAGAGUUUGAUAUAAUUAUUUCUCAUAUGGUUUAACAAUUCUCUAGCAAAUUUGGAAUUUUUCUUAAGUUUUUGUUUUUUCUCUUGAUAUUUUUUAUAUCAGAAGAAUUGUCAACAAACCAUAUAAAAAUUGACUACUCUUCUUCCUGAAGAAUUUUCCCUGCAACAGGAGACAUCUCAACAUUUAACCUAUUAUGAUUAAGAAUUGAAAGCUUGCAGAAAGGGUCAAUGAAUAUGUCUGAAUUAUUUUAGAUACUUUUGGCACUCUCAAUUUCUUUUUAACCAAUGGAGGAAGUUGAAGACAAACCAACCUCCUCAAGAAAUGUCGAACCAAAUUCACUAGCAGAUGCUCCUCAAGAAAAUACCGAUAUAAUAACAGCUCCAACCGAUAAUCACUCUUCCAUUGAAGCUUCCAUCAACUCACUAGCUGAUAAAAAUAUAGUGGAACAUGACACUCAUUUUCAAGAGACUAAUUUCUCUGAAAUAGAAUCAAAGUCAACGCGUGCUUCUGAUGAGCAAUCUAUAGGACAAGAUGAACAUCUUCUCACAGAUGAUUCAAUUUCAACACCAAAAGAAGAAACAGUUCAUGAAAUAGAAGAAAACCACCUAGGAGCCAUAACUUCAGAUUCUGAACUUGAAGCUUUAGAAGAUAUACAAGAUGGUGGUUCAACUGUUACUGCUAACGGCGAUGUUGAUCAUAAUCUUAUGGAACUCUCAACAUCCUCUUCUGUAACAGAAGAUUUGCAGAUUGACCCUAAAGAUCGUCCUCAAACCGAAGUUAUUGAUGCUCCUCAAGAAAAUUUAGCCUCAACCUCAGAUGCUGAAGUUCAUGUAACAGAACAAAGUCACCAGGAACCUGUGGUUACAGAUUCUGAACAAGAAACUUUAGAUGAUAUUGUGAACAUGCAUAAGGAUGGUGGUUUUAGUGAUAGUUUUUUAGAUAAUCAGCUGGAUCUAACGGCUUCAUCUUCUGAAACAGAAGAGUUUCAGAAUGAUCACAAAGAACUAAAGGUAAAUCUGCCUCAAAUCAAGAUUCCUGAUGUUGCUGUUGGAGGUGCCGACUCACCUGCAAGUGAGAAGAAAAUUGCUGAAAAUAGAGGCAUAAUUGAUACGGCAGCUCCAUUUGAAUCUGUCAAGGAAGCUGUUUCUAAGUUUGGAGGGAUUGUCGAUUGGAAGGCUCAUCGAAUGAUAGCCGUCGAGCGAAGCAAGGAAGUAGAACAACAGCUUGAAAAAUUGUACGAGGAGAUUCCGGAGUACAGGAAAAGAUCGGAGGACUCCGAGCAAGAAAAAGUCCAAGUACUUCAGGAGCUUGACAGCGCUAAGAGACUAAUAGAAGAACUAAAACUGAGCCUAGAGAGGGCACAAACCGAAGAGCAUCAAGCAAGGCAAGACUCAGAACUUGCAAAGCUCAGAGUGGAAGAAAUGGAGCAAGGUAUUGCCGAAGAUUCCAGUGUGGCAGCCAAGGCGCAACUCGAGGUUGCCAAAGCAAGGUAUACGAGUGCCAUUACGGAGUUAACAUCGGUGAAACACGAGUUAGAUUCGUUGCGUGUGGAAUACGCUUCUUUAGUUGAUGAAAAAGGCGAAGCUAUUGACAAAGCCGAAGAUGCUGUUGCUGCAUCGAAGCAAGUAGAAAAGACGGUUGAAGAUUUGACUAUUGAGUUGAUUGCCACAAAAGAGUCUUUGGAAUCAGCACAUUCUGCACAUAUGGAAGCAGAAGAACACAGAAUAGGAACAGUCAUGGCAAGAGAUCAAGAUUCUCUCAAUUGGGAGAGGGAACUAAAACAAGAAGAACAAGAACUAGAAAAACUCAAUCAAAAAAUUUUGUUUGCUAUGGAUCUUAAAUCUAAACAUAGUAAAGCUUCUGCGUUGCUUCUUGAUUUGAAAGCUGAGUUAAAUGCCUAUAUGGAAUCAAAGUCAAACCAAGAAGGAGAUGAUGAUGAAGGAGUCUCAAAGGAGCAACUGGACAAGUCACAUAUUGAAAUGCAAGCGGCAGUUGAGUCGGCUAAAAAGGAACUUGAAGAAGUAAAGCUUGACAUAGAGAAAGCUACUUCUGAGGUAAAUAACUUAAAGGUGGCUGCAACAUCAUUAAGAUCAGAACUCGAACAAGAGAAAUCAUCGCUUGCCUCGAUUGGGCAAAGAGAGGGAAUGGCCUCGAUUACAGUUGCGUCUAUCGAAGUCGAGCUGAACAAAACUAAAUCGGAUAUUGCUUUUGUUCAGAUGAAGGAAAAAGAAGGCAAAGAGAUGAUCCUUGAGCUGCCAAAGAAGCUUCAAGAAGCGUCUGAAGAGGCAAAUAAGGCCAACUUGCUUGCUCGAGAAGCUUGCGAAGUGUUUAGGAGAGUAAAGGAGGAAGCAGAACAAGCCAAGGCCGGUGCUAGUACAAUGCAUAGUAGAUUACUUGCAGCUCAAAAGGAGAUAGAAGCUGCAAGAGCUUCAGAAAGGUUGGCAAUACAAGCAAUUAAAGCAUUGCAAGAGAGCGAGUCGGCUAGAAGCAACAACAAUGAAGUGGAUCCAUCAAAUGGUGUGAUACUAUCAGUUGAAGAGUACUAUCGUAUAACGAAACAAGUUCAUGAUGCAGAAGAAAGAGCCAAUUCGAGAGUUGCAACGGCAAAUUCUGAGAUCGAUAUAGCUAAGGAGACUGAAUUGAAAACAAUGGAGAAGUUGAAUGAAGUGAACAAAGAAAUAGUUGCUAGAAGGGAAUCAUUGAAGAUUGCUAUGGAUAAAUCUGAGAAGGCAAGGGAAGGAAAAUUAGGUGUAGAGCAAGAAUUAAGAAAGUGGAGAGCAGAACAUGGACAACGGAGAAAAGCCGGUGAAAUAGGCCAAAAUGUAGUAAACCAGAACAUAAACCAUAGUGGUAAACUUGAUCAAAAUCAUAGUGAAACUAUUCCUGUACAUUACUUUUCAAGUCCUAAGUCUUAUGUUCAUGCAAACAACGAAAAUGGAUCCUCGCCAGAUGUGAAAAGUGGAAAGAAGAAGAAAAAGUCAUUGUUUCCGCGAAUUUUUAUGUUCUUUGCAAGAAGAAAAGCACAUCCAACUCCUUCGGGGUAGUUACUUUUGAGAAACUACAGUGCUUUCUUAUAUUGCAGUAGUCUUCUGAACUACUCAUAUUUUCGAAGACUAUUGAAAGAGUAUACCAUACUUGUACAUGUUAGUGAUUUUGCAGUAUUGUGAAUGGUUUUCCACUAUGUGCUUUUUGAGGACAUGGAAGUAAGUUCGUCACCCUUGGUGAGUAAAGAGCAAAACACAAAAAAAGAUGUUUCUGUAUUGUGUAUAAGCCAUUGAAUUUCGGCUUCUGUAAAGAUCUUUGUGAGAUUUUACCAAAUCAAAGGUAUUUUUUGAGUUUGAGAUUUGAAGUAUUA